AUGUACAUUAAGGUGUGCUGUGCUGCUGCUGACUGGUUACUUUCAUGUGUGCUGACAUGUCUCCUCUAUUCGGGGCGGACAUCUCUCAAGCAUUGCUGGAGUUGGCGCAGGAUGGCGAGCUGCAGCGCAUUCGCAGCACGUAUAUUAAGUGACCUGCUGAUGGAGCUGGCGCAGGAUGGCGAGCUGCAGCGCAUUCGCAUCAUGUACAUUAAGCCACAGUGUGGCAACACGCAACAACACGGUGGUGUGGUGGAGCGCGGCACGGUGGUGUGGUGGAGCGCGGCACGGUGGUGUGGUGGAGCGCGGCACGGUGGUGUGGUGGAGCGCGGCACGGUGGUGUGGUGGAGCGCGGCACGGUGGUGUGGUGGAGCGCGGCACGGUGGUGUGGUGGAGCGCGGCACGGUGGUGUGGUGGAGCGCAACGGUGGUCCGCCUACCUCGUCGAGGUCCCUGGGGAGAGCCACGGCACAAGCAGGAGAUAGUGCGCAUGCUCAAGGAGCAGGGGGAGGUGGUGGCCAUGACUGGGGAUGGGGUGAUCGACGCUCCUGCUCUCAAGCUGGCGGAUACUGGCAUCGCCAUAGGCAUUGCCGGCACCGAGUCUCAGUUAGAUAAGGAGGCAUAA